UUUCUGUUUUGGAAUGUGCUUUUAUAUUGUCUUCUUCCCAUCCUUUCUUCUGAACGAUUCACAGUGACUGGAUUAGAGGGGCCAGUCUUGGCUCCAUUUGGUACAGUACUUGAGCUCAGUUGCCAGUUGUCUCCACCACAAAAUGCUCAGCACAUGGAGAUCCGCUGGUUCAGGACCCACUAUACACAGCCUAUUUACCUAUACAAUGAUGGCAAAGACCUGUUCGGAGAAAUUAUUCCCAAAUAUGUGGAAAGAACAGAGCUCCUGAAAGAUGCCAUUAAAGAAGGAAAUGUGACCCUCAGGAUCUUUGAUGUUAACCCUGAUGAUGAUGGGCAGUACCAUUGCAUCUUCAAAGAUGGAAAAUUCUAUGAAGAGCACAUCACGAAAGUCAAGGUCAUAGCUGGGAGCUCCCGUGUUCAGAUUCUUGUUCAUCCUCCUACUACCCAAGGUGUGAUAGUGGAGUGUCACUCCAAAGGUUGGUUCCCACGGCCUCACUUGGAAUGGAGAGAUAGCAGAGGAGAGGUCAUUCCAGCUGCAUCAAAAUCCUAUUCACAGGAUGCAGACAAAUUGUUUGAUAUGAAGAUGACACUUCUCCUUAGAGACAGCUCUCUCAGGAACAUCACUUGCUGCCUUUGGAAUCCUUUAACAAGCCAAGAGGAAAGCACAGUCAUUGUUCUACCAGAUGAAAUGUUUUCUUGGAAUUUUAUUUGGAAGACUACUGUGGGUGUACUUCUGGCUAUGAUGACACUCUUCAUCAUAUUUCGAAGUAUUAAACUACAUAUCCUAGAAGUCUUUGUUUCAGAUGCACAAUUCGAAUUGGAUAGUAUGUGGUUGGAUGACAUGACUGUGAUCCUGAGCAUGCUGAUGGUGUUUGUCAUCAUGCUCAUUUCCUUUAUUUACUUCAUACUGAGAGAUCUUCUAUUGAAAAUGCCAAGUAUCGAGUCAUUCUAUAAGACAAACCCAUAUAGUGUGGAGACAUAUAUCAGGCUGUGGAGCCUAGAUGAAAUAGAUCACUGGAGGCAUAUUCGCAUGUGCUAUGAAUUUAUGCCUGACCCCUACAUCAUCCUUCUCCUCCUCUUUUCCUCUUCCUUCUUUGUCUUCCACCUUUUCCUCGUCUUCUACUGA